CGCAGCCCCUCUGUCGUCAUUUCCUGUGGGUCUGCAGGCUAAGGGAGAAGAUGGCGGCGCUGGGGGAGCCUGUGCGGCUGGAGCGGGAUAUUUGUAGAGCAAUUGAAUUGUUGGAAAAACUGCAAAGGAGUGGAGAGGUACCACCGCAGAAACUUCAGGCUUUGCAAAGAGUCCUUCAGAGUGAGUUCUGCAAUGCUGUGAGAGAGGUGUAUGAACACGUCUAUGAGACUGUGGACAUCAGUAGCAGUCCUGAAGUGAGAGCUAAUGCAACUGCAAAGGCUACUGUUGCUGCAUUUGCAGCCAGUGAAGGACAUUCUCAUCCUCGAGUUGUUGAGCUACCAAAAACGGAAGAAGGCCUUGGUUUCAAUAUUAUGGGAGGCAAAGAACAAAACUCUCCAAUAUAUAUAUCUCGAAUAAUUCCAGGUGGAAUUGCUGAUAGACACGGGGGACUCAAACGAGGAGAUCAACUCCUUUCUGUUAAUGGAGUGAGCGUGGAAGGAGAACAUCAUGAAAAAGCUGUAGAACUGCUGAAAGCCGCUCAAGGAAAGGUUAAAUUAGUUGUUCGAUAUACACCUAAAGUCUUGGAAGAAAUGGAGUCACGCUUUGAAAAAAUGAGAUCAGCGAAACGCAGGCAACAGACCUAAUACAGUUCAAAACUUAAUAUUCCAUUUUGCUUUUUAGCAGCUAGAGAAGUUUUACUUGUGACCUGCUGGCCGCAAUGCCAAUGAUUGUAAAAAAAACAGAAACUUCCCAUGAAAUUCUCCUUACCAUUUUAUAAAUGCCUAUUUUAACAUCAUUUAUGGUUCCAGAGAUGCAUACACUUUUUUCUGAUGAGAAAAAGUAAUAGGUGAUGAGGGCAAUUCUGUCCUGCUGUUUUUACAGGCCUUUUUCAAAUACAGAUUUUGUCAUAAACUUGUUAUAGAUUUUUUAAGAUGCUUUUUUAAUAUUAAAAUGUACUUUUACAUUCUUAAUCUUUUUUUAGAAAAAAAAAGUUUUCUUCAUUUGGCUGCUUAUUUAAAAGUAACAGUUCUCUAGUUUUUUGUUUUUUGAUUUUUUUUUUGGCUUAGUCGAUUUUUUUUAACCCAUGAAAUUUCUUUACAGUUUUCCAAGAAAUUUGACGUAACAGUCUCAGCUACAGCAGUUCAUUACAUUGUCAAUGUUAACAUCACUGCUGCAUUUUGUACUUUGAACACAUAUACAUAAUCAUUGGUAAAUCGUAACUCAGCACAGUGGAGGUUUUUUACUUUUAAACAUAAUGUUUAAUGGCUAUUCAUUUAUACUGAUUUAUAAAAGUAAGUUUUUAAACACUGAAACAAUCAUUGCUAAAAUAUGUAUUCUUAAUAUUUGAGCAUUGUGGCAAGAGGACGUAAUUUGUUAGCAUUACAUCCCUUUCUAUUUAUAUUCAUUAUGUCAUUAAUUAUACAUAUAAAACAGGGUCAGAUUUCAUCUUUUGGAAAUUUUUCAAUGUUAUUCAUUUUUAUUUAAAUAUACAGUAUUUCUUAUGUUUUGGUCCUUCCAUUCCUAGAGAUGAACUAGUUAUUUUGUGGUGGGAAAUAGAAGCAAGGAAGAAAAAGGAAUACCUUUAACCCUCACUAGUCUCAAGAGUUACAUAUCCUUACUAGCUCAAUUUAAAGAAUUAAUUUUAAAUAGGAAGAUAAGAUAUAUUUAAGAUAUAUAGAAAUUAUGAGAUGAGUAUCCAUAAGAAUCUGUAGAUUCUGUCAAAAUUAGUAAGAACUCAUGUUAAAAUGGUUGAAUUUAUAGACUCGGUCUUUGUUUCAAAUAAUGAUGGAAUUUUGAGAGAUACUUCAUUUGUCCACUGGAUGUCACUGUUUUACUAAAAGGCAGCUAUUAGUGUAUGACUGGGACUGAGGUCUUCCAAAAGGCUGAAAUUAGAGUUGAGGUUCAUUUUCAGUUACAACUUACAGGAACAUUGUACUUAACAAAAAAAAAAAUGAAGUGACAGAUACUAAAAAGAAGAUAAUGGUUGAAAUAUAUAAGGAAUUUGGCAUUAUUAUUGACCCUGUGUAAAAUAGUGGACAUUUUGUCAUAUUCCUUCAGGAAGAAUAGAAAUGUAUACUUUCUUCUGCAUGUUUGUGAGCAUCGUGAGUCUUAGAAGAUUAUUCCAGUUUUCAAUGAUUUUUCAGAAUAAAAGUCAAUCAGCAUAGUUAUUUAUCAUUUAGGUAUUGAACACUGGAUUGCAUGGUUGAAUGUGUCUUUAAUCCACUACAAAAUGUGCUUGUUAUUGAUAGGAUCAUGUUGUUAAAUUGUGUAUUUUCAAAAUCAAUUGAUGUUUUUAAAAUGUUGAGACCAAAGUAGUAUAGAAGAGGUAUGGACUUAUUUUAAUUUAAUUGUAUAAUUAUUAGAGGUAUUUGUUGUAGAGCUUUAUAUAUUAAAGAGAGUUAUUGGUGCAUAUACAAAUAGUAAUAUUAUUGUUAUGCUAGUAUUCUUGCAUUACAGGGUAAGUAAACCCUAAAGAAAUCUUGUUUUAAUAUAGCUACAGCUGCAGUAGCUUUUAAGGACGUAUCAGCAUUUCAUUAUAAAUUAUAGCUUCCUGGUUUGGUGUCUCAGCUGUUUCAGAACUUUCAGCCAAAUUAAGUCUUUUUUGGUGUUGCAAUUUAGUAAGUUGAGUAAGCUAUUUUUUUUCUUCUACACUAAUCCACAAUCUGUUCUUUGUGUGAGUUGGCACCUAUUUAUAAUUCUUAAAAUAAGGAUAGUUUAAGGAGCCAAAUACAGUAGUUUGCUUGCUACUGUUGAGCAUGAAUAGCAGUAGUUUGUUUUCAUUACUACAGUUUUUAUGGUGUAUCCCAGAAUUUUGAAUCUUGACCAUAAAAAAAUUCACUCAUUCAGUGGCAAAGAUGUAUAGUAAUGGCCCAGUAUAGUGAGAAAAUGAAGGGAAUUUUCAUCUUAUGAAUGGAUGAUUCAUGAAUAAAAUUAGGCACACACAGUAAGUAUAUAAUAGGUAUUUGACUUAUAAAUUAUAAACAAUUUCUAUUUAUUUUCUUGGUAUUUCAAAAUGGGUUGACUUAGUGGUUCUCAGCCUUAGCUGUGUAUUGGAAUAUCCCAGAGAACUUUAAAAAGUACUGUUACCCGAGUCUCAUCCCAUAGCAACUAAAUCAGAAUCACUCAUUUUUUCCACCAAAGCUUUCCAAGUCUUCUAGUGGAUACCCAGGGGUGAGAACCUCUAGUUUUCCCCAUUAUAAAAUGAUCUGAUUACACUGGACUCUUCGGAAAUGUCAGAAUAGAAUAAUUUAAAUUAUAGGUGCUUAAUGAGUGAUUAUAUGUCUUAGUAAUUUCUUUAGGAAUAAAAGGUACUUGACAUACCUUAUUUGGGAAAUAAUUACAGUCUACCUUUUUAAAAAAAUAUAUCUACUAGAAGUUUAAAUGUAAAACUUGCAAAAAAAAUGUUAUUUGAGAAAGCAUGUUUAAAAAUUGCAUAUGAGAAAUACUGUCGUUAAUAAUUAUGUGCUAUCCUAAUGUGGCCGCUUUAUUCAUUAGUAUAAUACUAGAUUAUAGCAGCCUAGUUCUUUGGGAUUUGAUGAAUGUGUUUUGUUUUGUUUUUUUAAAUCAUUGUCCUCCUCUUCUAAGCUUUUUUCUUGCUGAAGUACUUAAAUAAUUUGGCCCAAGAACUUUGUUUACAAUUGAAAUGGAUAUUAUAACAUUUAAUAGAAGAAAUGGUUAUGGCUUAUCUGAAAAGAAUGUCAGCAUGCCUUGCUGUAGACUUAAAAGAAUACAUGUUGUGAAUAUUUUAUAAUGUGGAAUGAUCAUUGAAAUAUCAAGGGUUCUAGUAAUUGCAUUUCCUGAAUAAAUGUAUGUUUAUGAAUUUUCUAACUUA